AUGGGUUCUGAAGACAAGCAUGAGCAAGGUGCGAUCUUUUCGGUCUCCGGACCGGUUGUCGUCGCCGAGCAUAUGAUCGGUUGUGCUAUGUACGAGCUGUGCAACGUCGGACACGACAUGCUGGUUGGUGAAGUCAUUCGCAUUGAAGGAGAUAAAGCUACUAUUCAGGUCUACGAAGAAACCGCUGGUUUGACUGUUGGUGAUCCCGUCACUCGGACGGGUAAGCCCCUGUCCGUCGAGCUCGGACCCGGUCUGAUGGAGACAAUUUACGAUGGUAUUCAACGACCCCUCCAGGCCAUCUCCGAAAAGUCUAAGAGUAUUUACAUCCCUCGUGGUAUUUCCGUCAAUGCGCUGGACCGUGAGAAGAAGUGGGAGUAUAAGCCCGCUGGCUUCAAGGUUGGCGACCACAUUACCGGCGGUGACAUUUGGGGUAUCGUUUUCGAGAACAGCCUGGUGAACGAGCACAAGAUCCUCCUGCCCCCGCGUGCCCGGGGUACCAUUACUCGGAUAAGCCCAGCCGGUAGCUACACCGUCACGGAAAAUCUGCUGGAAGUCGAGUUUGAGGGAAAGAAGACCGAAUACGGCAUGAUGCAGACUUGGCCCGUCCGUGUGCCCCGUCCCGUAAGCGACAGACUUUCUGCCGAUGCGCCGUUCAUUGUCGGGCAGCGUGUGCUGGAUGCACUCUUCCCCAGUGUCCAGGGUGGCACUGUCUGUAUCCCCGGUGCUUUCGGAUGUGGAAAGACUGUCAUUUCCCAGUCUGUGUCCAAGUUCUCGAACAGUGAUAUUAUUGUCUACGUGGGUUGCGGUGAGCGUGGUAACGAGAUGGCUGAACUGUCUAUCACUGUCGACGGUCGCAAGGAGCCUAUCAUGAAGCGUACCUGCCUGAUCGCCAACACCUCGAACAUGCCUGUGGCUGCCCGUGAAGCUUCCAUCUACACCGGUAUCACCAUUGCAGAAUACUUCCGUGACCAAGGCAAGAACGUCGCUAUGAUGGCAGACUCCAGUUCUCGCUGGGCUGAGGCUCUGCGUGAGAUUUCUGGUCGUCUGGGUGAAAUGCCUGCUGAUCAGGGUUUCCCUGCCUACUUGGGAGCCAAGCUCGCCUCUUUCUACGAGCGUGCCGGCAAGUCCAGCGCCCUGGGUAGCCCCGAGCGUGUGGGCAGUGUCAGCAUUGUCGGAGCCGUCAGCCCGCCUGGUGGUGAUUUCUCCGAUCCCGUCACCAGUAGUACCCUGGGUAUCGUCCAGGUGUUCUGGGGUCUCGACAAGAAGCUUGCCCAGCGCAAGCACUUUCCUUCGGUCAACACCUCCAUGUCUUACAGCAAGUACAACUCCGUUCUGGACAAAUACUACGAGCAACACAACCCAGACUUCCCCCGCUUGCGUGACCACAUCCGUGAAUUGCUGUCCAAGUCUGAGGAUCUGGAUCAGGUUGUGCAGCUCGUCGGUAAGGCGGCUCUUGGUGACUCGGAUAAGAUCACCUUGGACGUGGCUGCUAUGCUGAAGGAUGACUUCCUCCAGCAGAACGGUUACAGUGACUACGACCAGUUCUGCCCUCUGUGGAAGACUGAGUAUAUGAUGAAGGCAUUCAUGGGUUACCACGAUGAGGCCCAGAAGGCUGUCGCCCAGGGCCAGCAAUGGAGCAAGGUCCGCGAUGCUACCAGUGACCUCCAGAAUGCCCUGCGGAACAUGAAGUUCGAGGUGCCCGACAACGAGGAGGAGAUUUCGGCCAAGUACGAGAAGAUCCUGCAGUCUAUGUCGGACCGUUUUGCUUCUGUCUCCGACGAGUAG